UUGCCUUCAAAAACCAAAACCCUCGCCUCAUUGCCUGUUUUUAUUUAACAAUGAAUUGCUCAUCUCUCGUACUCGACCCCACCCCAGUCGCCACCUCCCGGUGUUGCUACCGGCGGCCCACUCUCCACUUUCAACACCACCGCCGUAACUUCGUUUUCUGUUCCUUGAAGCCCGUCGCCUCCUCUUCUUUGAGCGUUGCCGAGUCAGCUUCCAGCGAGUCUCUGAAUCGAAUCGGUUCGCUGAGUCAGGUUUCCGGUGUGUUGGGAUCUCAAUGGGGUGAUGAAGGCAAAGGCAAGCUUGUUGAUAUCUUGGCUCAACACUUCGACAUCGUUGCUCGCUGUCAGGGCGGAGCAAAUGCUGGUCAUACAAUUUACAAUUCAGAGGGAAAGAAGUUUGCCCUUCACCUUGUUCCUUCUGGCAUCCUUAACGAGGAGACCCUAUGUGUUAUCGGAAAUGGGGUGGUAGUACAUUUGCCAGGUUUAUUCAAAGAAAUCGAUGGGUUGGAAGCUAAUGGGGUUUCUUGCAAAGGGAGGAUAUUGGUAUCUGAUCGUGCUCAUUUGCUAUUUGAUUUUCAUCAAGUAGUUGAUGGAUUAAGGGAAGCUGAACUUAACAAGUCAUUUAUCGGUACAACUAGAAGAGGGAUUGGACCUGCUUACUCGAGCAAGAUGAACAGGAAUGGUAUCAGAGUCAGUGACUUGAGGCACAUGGAUACUUUCCCUCAGAAGCUUCAUAAUCUAUUAUCUGACGCGAAUUCAAGGUUCCCGGAUUUUAAUUAUACUCCAGAAGUGCUCAAAGAAGAGGUUGAAAACUACAAGAGAUAUGCCGAGAGGUUGGAGCCUUUCAUUGCUGAUACUGUGCACGUAAUGAAUGAAUCUAUUGCACAGAAGAAGAGGAUAUUGGUGGAAGGAGGCCAAGCUACUAUGCUCGACAUUGAUUUCGGUACUUAUCCUUUCGUAACUUCCUCCAGUCCAUCAGCUGGUGGAAUCUGUACUGGGCUCGGUAUUGCUCCUAGAGUUGUGGGUGAUCUAAUUGGAGUUGUGAAGGCAUAUACCACAAGAGUUGGCUCUGGUCCUUUCCCCACCGAAAUCCUGGGUCAAGGCGGUGAUAUCCUUAGGUUUGCCGGGCAGGAGUUUGGCACGACAACUGGCCGCCCUCGUCGUUGUGGUUGGCUUGAUGUAGUUGCUCUCAAGUUCUGUUGUCAGAUUAACGGCUUUUCUUCUCUAAACCUCACCAAAUUGGAUGUUUUAUCUGAUCUUCCGGAAAUUAAAUUAGGCGUUGCUUAUAAACAUGUUGAUGGUACACCGGUGGAAUCGUUCCCAGCUGAUCUUCAGCUUCUCGAACGGUUGAAGGUGGAAUACGAAGUUUUGCCUGGAUGGCAAUCCGAUAUUUCUUCUAUCAGAAAUUAUUCGGAUCUUCCGAAAGCUGCACGACAAUAUGUCGAGAGGAUAGAGGAACUUGUUGGUGUGCCUAUCCAUUACAUUGGUGUCGGACCUGGUCGUGAUGCUCUCAUAUACAAAUAAUUAAUCACUUUUUUUUUUUUUGGUGCUCAUGCUAUUGCUAGUUGAUUUUCUUUUUCUCUGCACGCAGGCAGUACCAUACUGUUUGUGCUAGAAAAAAUAUUUAGAACGAUGGGGAAAUUUCCCAUAACAUAAAUUAGGGGAAAUUGCAUAAUUCAACAUCCAAAUGUUCUCUUUUAGCCAAGUGAGGCAAUUAGAUUUUUACUCUUAAAUAUGUUGAUUGAAAUGAAUUUCCCUCUUGAAAUAA